AUGAUUUCCCUGUUUUUCAGACUCGAGAGCUUUUAUGCGCUUGGGCCAGAGGCUGUCCUCCAACACACAGCCUGUGGAGUUCAACUAUGUCUUUUCUCAGGACUGUUUUAAACAAUUCUGUCAUCAUUCAUCCUCCGGGCUUCUAUAUCAUCGGAUUUCAAACAUUUCCUUACAUCAGUGUUUACUUCAUCUUUUUAGCAUUUGUCUAUGUGGUUACACUGCUGUUCAAUAGUUUGGUGAUCUAUGUAAUUGCCUUUAAUCAUUGUUUACACACUCCAAAGUUUUUGGCUGUUGUCAAUCUCUCAGUAAUUGAUGUGAUUCUAAACACAUGCACUAUUCCCAGCAUGAUAAAGAUAUUCCUUGUUAAGGACAAUUUUAUUCCUUUCAACUUAUGCUUGUUACAGAUGUUUGUAUACUAUACAUUUGGGACUUUGGAGUCAUAUGCGCUGGCUGUACUUGCCUAUGACAGGUUGAUCGCAAUAUGUUUCCCUCUGCGGCAAAACUCAAUCAACACUGUGCGGAGCAUGUGUUGUAUUGUCGGCCUGACUUGGUGUUUUUCUUUGGGAAUAAUUUCAUUUUCAGUAGGUAUAAUGACUCGACUGUCUUUUUGCAGUUCUGUCAAAGUGUUCAGCUAUUUCUGUGACUAUGCACCUGUGUUUAGACUGGCCUGUAAUGAUUACACAAUGCAGUGGUCCGUGGCCUCUUUGCUAACUUUCUUGCUCCUUGUAGGACCCUUUACUUUCAUUCUUCUGUCCUAUGUCAGCAUCCUGGUGACUGUGUUCAAGAUGAAAUCACUGGACAGUCGGGUGAAAGCUCUGGCCACAUGUGUUGAGCAUCUCAUCCUUGUGGCUGUAUUUUACAUUCCUCUUAUUACCAUCUUUACUAUCGGGUUUUAUCUGCGACUCAUUGACCCAGACCAGCGUGUGCUGAGCCUGUCGCUGGCCUCUUGCAUCCCACCCUGCAUCAAUCCUAUUGUAUAUUCCUUGAAAACUAAAGAGAUCAAAAUCAGAGCUGUUGCAUUGGUAAGAAAACAUAAAAUUGGCACACAACAACCAGAUCAACUUAAGAGCAAACCUUGGGGGAUUAAUAAAACCUUGCAGAAAUUUAGGUCCUCAACGUGA